GCGAGGCGCCAUAUCCGAAAUCUGGUCGCAGUCCCAUGGUACGGGCUGGAGCAAGUCUGUGUACUGUGUACUGUACGUGUGGACGUUGUUUCUUGGCCACAACGGAUUUUUCCAGAGGAGAUUUAAACAAGAGAGAGUCCUAGUGGAUGAAAGUUGAUGAACAAAGCGAAAAAAAGGAAUGAGUGAGUGAGGCCUGAAAGAGACGUCAUCAGAGCAUCCCGGAAGCGGUCCGACAAUGAAAGCUGUGAUCUACCGUGCCUUUUCUCAUAAAGAAGCCGAAGAGCAUGAUGUGCAGGACAUGGGAACCCAGCGGGCUGAGGCUUUUGUACAGGCCUUCCUGAAACGGAGCAUACCACACUUGAGCCAACAAGACUGUGAGAGCCAUCUGCAACGCAAGGCUGUGAUCUUGGAAUACUUCACUCGCCAGAAGCUAAGGCAGAAGAAGAAAUCCAAAGGCCUCUCUGCCAAACAGAGGAGAGACUUGCGGCUCUUUGACAUUAAACCAGAGCAACAGAGAUACAGUCUCUUCCUCCCUCUGCAUGAACUCUGGAAGCAGUACAUCCGUGACCUGUGCAAUGGGCUCAAACCAGACACGCAGCCACAAAUGAUUCAGGCCAAGCUCCUGAAGGCAGAUCUUCAUGGUGCUAUUAUUUCAGUCACAAAAUCCAAGUGCCCCUCCUACGUGGGGGUCACAGGAAUCCUUCUGCAGGAGACAAAGCAUGUCUUCAAGAUCAUCACCAAAGAAGACCACCUGAAAGUUAUUCCCAAGCAAAAUUGUGUGUUCACCAUAGAAAUUGAUGACUUCAUUUCCUACAUUUACGGAAGCAAAUUCCAGCUUAGAUCAAGUGAGCGGUCUGCCAAGAAGUUCAAAGCAAAGGGAACAAUUGACCUGUGAACUCUUUGCCACUGGAGACAGAUGUCCCUGGCAGCUGAGAACUGAAAACAUCCUACAUACCCACUUUUCCAUGACGAUUCUCUGGCUGUAGCCUGCCUCUAGUCCAGGGAAAGCAGAGUGGCCGAAGAACAUUUAAUAACAUAGAAGGAAGUCAGGGCUGGAAGUUUGCAUCCAGGUGACCUUAAGUUAGCUUCAGUUCCACAGGCAGGAAAGACCAUCAGAAAAUACACCAGGAUCAGCCUUAGUUGAUCUGAAAAGGGGGCCUUUAGGUUCUGUCUUUCAUACUUCUCUGUGUUCGUGAAUACUCCAUGCUGAAUCAGUUAUUUAAAUAAUAAUAAAAAUACACCACAGGCAUAA